CUACAACUCAUGGUAAACUCUUUACAACCGUAGAAAACAAAACAACUUUAAAAAAAAAAAAAAGACGUUACAUAGCACACGUGGAUGUGCAUCAUAAAGUCUCUACAUUAAGUUACAAGGCCAAGCCAGAGCUCCCAGCCAAAAUGAGAUUAGCUCUGCAAACGGUCAUCUGCUGCUGUGUGCUCACCACCGUCCUGCCACUGCUGAAAGGCACCGCGGGGGAGCUCAACACCAGCCUGAAGAAAAGGUUUAAAGUAUGGCUGCAGAGCCGCGUGAAAAGAGACCUCUGCAGCAGCUUAGUGACAGCCAACGAGCAGCACUCAGACGUCACCGUUGGACCGCAGCAGGAUGAAGAUGCAAAAGGUGUCUCGCCUCCACCAAGCUUUGGACAACAUGUCAGAUCCAGGAGGUCAACGUCGAACAAAUCAUCCGGCUGCAAGUUUGUCACAUGCGUGUACCACGACCUGCUCCACCGGCUGCACCAGAUCAACGAGCUGAAGUCUUGUGCCCCUGGGAACAAGAUAGGCUCAAAAGGCUACGGACGCCGCCGCCGCUCUCUCCUGGACGCCGCUCAGCUCGCCCUCCGGACAGGAAGACAAAGACGGAGCAAUGAAGCUGCUUCCAAUGUGAGCUUGGCAGCUGAGAUACAAGACAAUUCCUGCAGAUCUUCUCUGAAAUACCCGUGAACUGAAGAGGAACCGCGGCCGCGGCAGGGGAGGAUGUUUUUGUUUUGUUUUCCAUCAAGAAACUGACAUUACUGGACCCCAAACUGCCACAAGCAGGAGGAUCCUUUCACCAGUGAACUGGAUGGCGUGAACUGCUUGUGAAGUGCAAUUCAAACAAUAUGUACUCUGUCAAAAAUAUAUAAUUACCAGCUUGUAUAUAACAAGGAAAUAUAAAGCUACCUUAUAUUUAAGCACACAAUACAACUAUAUUUUUAUACAGCCAAAAUACAUAUUAAACAUGUCUUUUUUAUUUUUAACUUCAAUGAAGUAUGUAUCUCAACUGUGCAAAUAAUUACGUGAAUUUAGUACCUUUUCAUUGAGUUAUCUGUUGUGUUUUUGUAACAUUGUUUAUUAAUCAUACUGGAGAUGUUUUAAAGACUUUUGUUUGGAGGGUGCAAGUCUCACAUAGCAGCUUAAGAACAACUGCAAAGUGGUAUUCUAGUUUUUGGCCGGACUUUGGAUGCCAUGGAGAGUGAUGGAGAGCCUGAAGUAGGGCUGAUAAAUGAUAAAAGUGCUGUGCUGCCAUCUAGCUUUACAGCAGGAUACAUGGAACACACGCGGGCCGACGCAGCUUCAACAAAGCACUUCCUGUGGUUACGCUAAAUAUUCUGCUUUUAAAAGCCGUAGCUUUGCAUUGUAUCUUCAUAAAUUCUAGUUUACUCCGCUGAAAUGACUUGACAUGCUGUUAGGUAACAUGAUUUAUGGUCUUGAUGUGGUGGAAUGUGGCAGGAACUGUAAUGGUUUUCAGCUGGAUGCAAC